UCAGUUAUGGAGGCUUCUCUGGAGGCCUUGAAAUCGAUGUUCGAACCAGAUUUGGUGAAAAAGACGCUCUCUUUGAUGCAAGUUUAUGUGAGAAACAUAGUGAAAGACCCAAGCAAUCAGAAAUACAGGAAAAUUAGAAUAAGUAACCCCAAGUUCAAUGCCACCAUCUGGCAAGUGGAACAAGCCAGGACGUUUUUACUGUUUGCAGGGUUUGAACAGGAAGGGGAUUUUCUGUUUCUACCCUCUUCUAUAAAACUUGAUGGAGCCAAACUGUUGAUUGAUGAAGCUCUUGGUAUUUUACCAUCAAGUCAAACACUCUCAGUUACUGGUAACUCCCCUGCUGCCACUCAACCCAGCGGUGUGCUCAAGCUUAAUAAACAGAAAGACUCAAGCUUGUUUGAUCAAGAUGUCAAGGCAGAUCUCACCUUGCUGUCCUACAUGAAGGAAAUGGGUUAUGAUGUCGGUGUAGCAGAAAGAGCUCUUAUUGUUACAAAAAACAGUGGAAUUCAGCCUGCUAUAGAUUGGAUAAACCAGAACCCUGAUAAAGCAAGGGCACCUCUCAGGAAUUCAGGGGCUAAUGUUCCACAGGAUAACUCAGAGAUUAACAGACAGGAACCACUUUCUUGCAACUUAUCAUUUGUAUCAGCACCAGUUCUAUCUAGAUUCCAAAAGACAAUAGAUGAAAGGCAUAAAUUCCAGGAAAAACUCAGACUGGAAGCAAUUGAGGAGGCAAAAUUAGAAAAGCAGAGAAAGAAACUUCAUAAGGAAUAUUUAUUGAAAGAUUUGAAGGAUGAUAAAGAAGAAAAAUUGGAAAAGACAAAACAGGCAAAGCUUGCAGAUAACAACCCAGGCCCAUCAAAUGAGCCAAUUGCUGAUCAGCAUUGUGAUUUAAGUGAUUGUGUAUCAUCAUCAAUGGUGGAACUGAGAAUAAGAAUGCCAAACAGUCAGGUUUUAACUGUUUGUCUCUCUGAGGAUUCGACAGUUCAAGCGUUAUAUCAAGAGGUUAUAAAGCAAUGGCCCACAAAUGACACUGUAAACUUGGAUGAUAUUUUCCUUAUGACAUCAUUUCCUCAGAGAAGAAUUAACGACCUGGAAAGAACUUUACAAGAAGCAGGUUUGGUGCCUCGUGCAACUGUUGUGGUACAGAGAACAGAUCAACAAGGCGUUGUUGUUCAGGGAGAGGGAGCAGUGUGCGGUAUACGAAAUAUCACGAAACUCGACGACUGGCAAUCAGUACUGAGUGAGCGGGACAAACUAAUUGUUGUUCAGUUUUAUGCCAGUUGGUGUUCAUUAUGUAGGUCCGUUUCAGACUCAUUCGAUUCAUUAAACGCAAAAUAUGGAAUGAACAGACAAGUUGUAUUUGUGCGGGUUAACGUCGAACAGUUGAAGGUGCUAAAAUACCAACAGAGAGUCACGUCACUGCCGACUUUUAAACUCGUUUGGAACGCACAGACUGUAGCUCAUGUAGAAGGAACAAAUAUGGAUGAUUUGAGGCAAGAAAUCGAGAAAAACAUGAGGGGGCCAAGUGACACGAUCCCACAAGAAGAGCCAUCGCUGAUUGAUUUGAACCAUGACCCGAGAUGAUAGAUGGGUGAGGUCUGGCCUUAAUAGUAUGAUUAUUUCCUUUAUAAGAAGGUUUUUUGCUCGCGAUUGAAAGUAUACUUGGCCACCAGUUGAUGGAGAAAGUAGAAAUAAGUUUAAACGCGGACUCAAGAAAGAGAAAUGGAUAUCCAUAAGAUAUUGAGCAAAUGUUCUAAUAUUGUUUUAUUACCUAAUUAACAUGGAUAUGAUUUAAAAGUAUAUUUUAGUUUUUUAUUAAGAUGGGUGAAAGACAAUAGCAUAUUA